UACUAUUUUGAAACAAAUAGAAUAAUUGAGGAAUAAAAAAAAUGAAGGAUAUUCCGCAUACUCUCUGAAAGAGCCAAAGCGAGUAACAACAUUAAACAAAACCGGAUCUCGGUCUUACGGACACGCAAACGUGUAACGACGACGACGACAACAACAAACAACAAACCCAUCUCUUAUUGUUAAAACUCAUCAUAUUCCCCCAAAUCUAAAGCCAAAAAAAAAACUUCUGUUUUUAGGGUUUCCAUCGAAAGACAAUGGGCGGCCAUGAAGCUGUGGAGGUUGCCAAGACGGUACUCGAAGUCGCUGACGUCGCAUGGACCGCCAUGGAAUGUUGCCACCACCUCCACCAUCACCACAACCACGACGACUAUUCUCCCGAAAAUCAUGACAAUUCCAAACUCGAAAAGGAAUUGGAAUCCCUAAAAUCCGAAAAUCGAUGUCUCAGGAAUCAUCUGGAACAGAACCUCAAACUUCUUAACAAUCUAUCCGAAUCUCCUGCUCUAUUAAACGAUUGUCCUCCUGACCUCUAUGCUCGAUUGGUAUCUACCGUAGAUUCAAAGGACUUUUUGACCCGACUCGAAUCACUUAAUGAAUCCAAUACUAAAAUUGAGUUUCCGUUCAAGGAAGCUACAGGAGAUGAUAUGCAUUCAGUUGAAGUUCUGAUCAAUGUUGACCAAAAAGAACCGAGUUGGUGGGUAUGGGUAACUGAUGAAAUGGUUCCAAGCAAUGUUGAAGAGUGGAGUGGAAUUGAUGAUGAGAAUUACAUCGUUGUUAGUGAGGAGCAUGUCGUGGAUGGGGUUGCCAACUUUAUGGCGAAAUGCAUUUUGUCCAAUCCUAAAGCUCAGACUUUGAGCCCAGAAGAACUGCAGAAAACUCUGCUGAAAGCAUUAGGAGGUGUCAGCAAAUUGGAGAAGGUUUUGGGCAUUUGGCAUGCUGGAAAGAUGUUCUAUGCCUUGUCAACAUGGGGACUUGCGUUGGCUGGAUUAUAUAAGACCCGUACUAUAGUGAAACUUGCUGCAAUGGGUGUCCACACAACCAGCAAAGUUGUAAUGAGGGCUCUAUGAAGUAAUUGCUCUGUAGCAGAGAAAAAAAUCUCUCUGAACUGUAUUAAUGCGUGGGGAUUCUUGUUUGGUUUGGUAAGUCAUUGUUGAUGUAAAAUGUAAAUAUUGUAAAUACAUGCGCUUUCAUUUGUACUAUUUUAAUGGAUAAAUUGUAUUGAUUCAUGCCA